AUGCAGCCGUAUGAGAGCCAGAUUUUCCAACAGAAAGUGUAUGAAGAGCAAGCAAAACAGCUGCGACAGCACCAAAAGGCUGUAAAGGCUCUGCAACGUCUCAAAGCUACAGAAGAGACGGUAGAAGAACUCAUACCAGAAGAGAAGUCAGAGCCACUCGUACCAGAAGAGACGGUAGCGGAACUCAAACAAGAAGAGACGGUAGAGCAACUCAGACCAGAAGAGACAGUAGAGGAACUUAUACCAGAAGAGACGGUAGAGGGACCCAUACCAGAAGAGACGGAAGAGGAACUCAUACCAGAAGAGACGGUAGAGGAACUACUCAUACCAGAAGACAGCCAACUGGAAGUCUUACCGUCGGAGAUCCAAGAGGCAGCCGUAACGAAGCAGGCCUCAGCUGAAGAGACUGUGGAUAUUUCUCUGGAGGAAGAAACACAGUCCAUCGCAAAAGGCACCAGAUCUGCCCAUCUCAUGGCUGCUGCGAUGGUAAAGAAGUUAGUUCAAAAAGCCCACAUGGUUCCUGACACUGAGCAGCAGAUCCAUCUUGUCCAAAUGCUUAGAAAAGUGGAGACUGGGGUUCGGAUCCCAGAGGACAGUCAGCUCACAGACAAAGACCUCAAAGCCAUCGGGAAAGCGGCCGCCAAAAGCUUACUGCAGGAGUGUGGCUCGGUGUCUGCUCUAAGAGACAAUAGUUUCACUGAGGAAACUAUGAAACUGAACCUCCAACUCAGGUAUUAUUUGGCCCAUGGUCCUCAGACUAGGCCAACGUGCUUCUUUGCAAGGGUUUGGAAGGUCUUCAGAAGAAACCGGAUCAGCUCAGGACCUCUGAGCACCUAUUUGUCAUCUCCCAUCUACUAA